UCAGAGCGGAGUUGUGCUCUCUCCACGCCGCUCUAGCCAGCCGGGGCAUUUCGCUCUGAUUGCUCUCGGGGAAAGAAAACAAACCCCACGCACGCACACACUUUCUGAUCGGCUUUCUUCCGGAUCGUGUCCCUCUGUGAGCUCCGUGUUUGGUGCCCGCACUGAGCCGGGAUGGAUUGAUGUGAUUUUUUUCCGCCUCGCCAAGUUUUGUGUUUCCGGCGCCGCUCUAUGUUUCUCGGGGCGACUUUUCCGAAGUGAGCGGCUCGCGGAUGGUUCUGGAGGCGCGCGGCGGGGUGUGAACCGUGUGAUCGGGGACCGGAUUCCAGCGCGGACUCCGCGGACUUUUGUUCUGCUGUUUGUUGGAAACGAAGCAAACAGUGUGUGUGUGAGAGAGAGAGAGUGUGUGUGAGAGAGAGUGUGUGUGUGUGUGUGUGUUUGAGCUGGAAGUGAUGGCGGAGCGGGGAGCGCGCGUGCUCCUCUCUCUCCUCUGCCUCACCUCUGCGUGCUCGCUCGCGCCGGCACGCGCUCACAAAGGCUCUGCCAAAAGGCACUUCAGUCCUUUCUGGUUCUCUGUAGAACCCUCGGAUACGUUGGCGGUGAGGGGAACCCCUGCGUUACUCAACUGCACCAUCUACAGCGAGCUCCCUGCCAAGGUGCACUGGAAGAAAGAUGGCGUUUUGCUCAACCUGGACGAUCGCAGGCAGGUCCUGCCCGACGGCUCGCUGCUCAUCAGCUCCGUCAUGCACUCCAAACACAACAAACCCGACGAGGGCGUCUACCAGUGCGUGGCCACCAUCGAGAACCUGGGAACGAUCAGCAGCCGCACCGCGAGACUCAACGUAGCAGGUACACCUCGUUUCUCCGGGCAGCCCGAAGCGGUGUCUGUGUAUCUCGGGGCGAGCCAGGUGCUCAGCUGUGAGGUCAAUGCAGACUUGGUGAGCUUUAUUCGCUGGGAGCGUGAUAAGGAGCCAGUGUCAUUGGACCAGAGAGUGUACACGUUACCCAACAGUGCUCUGGUCAUCAGCAACGCCACGGAGAUGGACGCAGGUCUGUACCGGUGUGUGCUGGAAAAUGCAGGACCUACGAAGAACAGCGACGAGGCCGAGCUCCAGAUUUUGCCUGAAACGUGGGAGAUGCGCAAGCUGGAGUUCCUCAGGCAGCCAGGCUCCGUGUCCAGGGUGGUGGGGGAGAGCGUACUGCUGCCCUGUGUGGUGACGGGAUUCCCUGCAGCCUCUGUUCACUGGAUGCGAGACGAUCAAGUCAUCGAUGACGGUGACGGCCGCUUUGAGCUGCUCGGCGGGGGCAGUCUACAGAUCUUUAACUUGACCAAAGAGGAUGGUGGGAUAUACAGCUGCCUGGCGGAUAAUGCAAACGACUCCAUUGAAGUCCGGGCGGAGCUCACGAUACAAGUUCCUCCACAGUUUCGAAAGACACCGUCCAACACUUAUGCACAUGAGGCUACGGACAUAGUGUUCGAGUGUGAAGCAACUGGAUCCCCUGCCCCCACCAUCAAAUGGGUUAAAAAUGGAGACGCCGUGGUUCCCAGUGACUAUUUCCGAAUUCUGAAAGAGCAGAAUCUGCAGGUGCAGGGUCUGGUGAAGACGGAUGAGGGGUUUUAUCAGUGUCUAGCCGAGAACGAAGUGGGAAACAUACAGGCCAGCGCUCAGCUCAUCAUUCUAGACCAAGGCUCAGGAGGUAUCUCCGGUUCCAACCCUGUCCCUGGCCCCGGCCCCGGUCCCGGUCCUGUGCCCUCAGCCCCCCGUGAUGUAGUGGCCUCUCUCGUCUCCACUCGCUUCAUCAAGCUGACCUGGCGCCUGCCGAUGGAGCCAAACGGCGAUGACAUCACUUACUCCGUCUACUACGGUCUGGAGGGCGCCAAAAGGGAGAGGACGGUGAACACCAGCCGGCCAGGCGAAACGCAGGUCACCAUCCAGAACCUCAAGCCGGACACCAAGUACUCCUUUCGAGUGGUGGCGUACAAUAAGCACGGCCGUGGAGAGAGCUCAGUGCCCCUGAAGGUCGCUACCCAGCCAGAAGUUCAAGUACCAGGACCUGCUCCUAACUUCCAAGCUGUGGUCCAGACCUCCUCUUCAGUCAGCCUGAGCUGGGAUAAGCCCCUGACCGGGAAUGGCGACAUCCAGAACUACAAAGUAUACUACAUGGAGAAAGGCCUGGGCAAUGAGAAGGACAUUGACGUUAGUGGAUUGUCCUACACUAUGUCUGGGCUGAAGAAGUUCACAGAGUACAACUUUAGAGUCGUGGCCUACAACAAGCACGGACCUGGAGUCUCCACAGAUGAUGUGUCAGUGCGGACUUACUCAGAUGUCCCCAGUGCGGCUCCUCAGAACAUGACCGUGGAGGUGCUGAACUCAAAGAGCAUCAUGGUGCGGUUUCAGCCCCCUCCAGCCGACGCUCAGAACGGAGAGAUCAUUGACUACAAGAUUCGCUACAAGAAGGGCACGAGGAAGAGCGAAACUUUGGAGAUCACCACAGGAAACUGUCUCAGCAAGCUCAUCGAUGGGUUGCAGCGUGGCACCGAGUACUCUGUCCGUGUGUCAGCCAUAACUGUGAACGGCUCAGGCCCUGCGACAGACUGGACCACCGCUGAGACCUUCGAGAGCGAUUUGGACGAGUCCCGCGUCCCCGAAGUGCCUGGUUCUUUACACGUCCGGCCGCUGGUGAACAGCAUCGUGGUGAGCUGGUCUCCUCCGGAGAACCAGGACAUCGUGGUUAGAGGUUACAUCAUCGGCUACGGAAUCGGAAACCCUCACAGCCAAACAAUUAAAGUUGACUACAAGCAAAGAUAUUACAACAUCGAGAACCUGGAUCCCAGUUCGCAGUACGUGAUCACACUCAAGGCCUUCAACAACGUGGGUGAGGGCAUCCCGGUGUACGAGAGUGCCGUCACACGACCCCAGACAGACCCCAUAGGCCCUGAUGUUGAUGUGUACGAACUUUUGCAUCCUCCAUACACUCCAGUACCAGACCCCACUCCCAUGCUGCCUCCCGUGGGUGUUCAGGCUUCGGUUCUGAGCCACGACACCAUCAAAAUCACAUGGGCCGACAACUCACUGCCCAAGAACCAGAAAAUCACAGAUGCACGCUACUACACAGUGCGCUGGAAGACCAACAUACCAGCAAACACCAAGUUUAAGACGGCCAACACAACCAACCUGAGUCACGUGGUGAUGGGUCUGAAGCCCAACACUCUGUACGAGUUCUCGGUCAUGGUCACGAAAGGCAGGAAAACCAGCACAUGGAGCAUGACGGCUCAUGGGACGACGUUAGAAGCCACGCCCAGUUCUGCCCCAAAAGACGUGACUGUGGUCAGUAAGGAGGGUCGUCCACGCACCAUCAUAGUCAACUGGCAGCCUCCUUCUGAAGCCAACGGCAAAAUUACAGGCUACAUUAUCUACUACAGCACUGACGUCAAUGCUGAGGUGCACGACUGGGUGAUUGAGCCAGUGGUGGGGAACCGACUCACCCAUCAGAUCCAGGAGCUCACCCUUGACACAACGUACUACUUUAAAAUCCAGGCUCGCAACUCCAAGGGCAUGGGGCCCAUGUCUGAGGCAGUCCAGUUCCGCACUCUUAAAGCCGAAUCAUCUGACAAAAUGGCUAAUGACCAAGCUUCCGGGAUACCCGGGAAACCAGGCGGAACGUCUAUACUAGACCCUGGUAUUGGGAAAUCAGGGAUGCCUGGUAGUGAAAACCACAUCCUGGUGAUUGUCAUCAUCGUGUCCGUGGGAGGCUUCAUCAUCAUCGGCUUGGUGGUGGGAGCCUUCUUGUGCUCGCGCCGCUCUGCCUCGCAGCAAAAAAAGAAACGGGCAGCCUGCAAGUCCAGCAAUGGCUCGCACAAGUACAAAGGCAACUCUAAAGACCUCAAACCACCUGAUCUUUGGAUCCACCACGAGCGCUUGGAGCUCAAACCCAUCGAUAAGUCACCUGAGCCCAAUCCGGUCAUGACGGACACCCCGAUUCCACGUUCCUCCCAGGAGAUCACGCCUGUAGAUGGCACCAUGGACCCGAUCCUCCAGAGACGGAAUUCUUACCGUGGCCAUGAGUCAGAGGACAGCAUGUCUACACUGGCAGGUCGUCGGGGAAUGAGGCCUAAAAUGAUGAUGCCCUUUGAUGCUCAGCCCCCUCAGCCCGUGAUUAGUGCUCACCCCAUCCAUUCCCUUGAUAACCAUCACCACCAUUAUCACCUGAGCAGCCUGGCCUCGCCGACCCACAACUAUCUGCAACACACGAACAGCCCGCGGGCCCUCACCUCCUCCAUCUCUUAUCUAGACAGGGCCGAGUCGCCAGAGUCCGUGAGAAACACUCCCACUACAGACCUGCUGCCUGCUUCAGCUCAGCCCUCCUGCCCCAUCGAGCACUCGGAGACCGACGUCAGUUAUCACAGCUCAGCGGCUGAGGACGAGCCCAGCUACAACCCCCCAACAGCACACGUGCGCCCCACCCAUCCUCUCAAGAGCUUCGCUGUGCCCUCCGUGCCCGCCCAUGGCUCCACCUACGAGGGCGUUGCUCUGCCCAGCACACCCUUGCUCUCUCAGACAGGUCCUCACUCAGUCAAAACUGCCUCCAUCGGGACGCUGGGGAGGACGAGGACGCCGAUGCCGGUAAUCGUUCCCAACGCACCAGACGUACCAGACAGCAGCAGGAUGCUGGAGGAGUGCGAGAGUAAGUACGAGAAGGACGAGCUGUCGGAGGAGAUGGCCCACCUGGAGGGCUUAAUGAAGGACCUAAACGCCAUCACGACGGCCUGAGCACAAUCCAUACACCCUAACAUGCAUACACACACCUUCUCACACACACUAAAGCUUACUUUUAUCAACAUCUCGCCACAGCAUGGACAGAGUUCUCAGUCCUUCGAACCGAAUGAGAGAAAACGAACAUUUUGGCUUGCCUUGCUCACUCUCAGGAAGGAAAUGGCCAUCGGUUCAAGGAGUGAACAAUUUUUUCUUUUUUUGGGGGGGUACUGAUUCCUUCGAGAACGUUUCUUUUUUUUUUGCGCUUUUGUUACCUUACGAAUAAAAAAAAAGGAAGAUUACAGUAUGCUGGUGUUCGUGCAGGUGCUCAAGGCACAAUUUACAGUGUUUUCAUUUGUGCGUUUUUUUUGUAUCUCUCGAUCUCUCUGUAUUGAUAUAUAAUAUACACAUUCACACACAUUUCUGCCCGUUCCAGUGAGGUGAACAAUGGACACCGUCCCCUUUAUUUUCAUAAUAACUCAUUUUUGUAUUACACAUUUUGAUUGAAUGACAUCGUUCCUUUUUGUACGUGAUCUAUUGUGCCAUGUCGGUUUUUUUUUGUAUUAUUUUAUAUACAUAUACACUUACAGAUAUGUAUAUAAGGUCAAAACUGCCUCAUACGUACGUAUUUUUCAAAAAUAGCAAUGUAUUCAGAGGAGUGUGUGUCAGCCUUACGGGGGUCCUGUCACCGAGACCCGACGCUCUCGAGUCUUCUGCGGCGUGACGUCGAGUCGUCCUCGGUACGAAAAGAUUUUUCCGAACGGGAGCUCCUUUCAGAAUAUUGCCUUACACUUCUUCUGUCUGCUCGGACGCUCAUCAUCCUUCAAGGAGGGAAGCAAAAAUCCACCACUUCUUCUUGUUGUUGUUGUGUCACCUGCCACUGUGAUAUACAGACCUGCUCUUGGAUGGAGCUACGAGAUCAUGAGAUCAUGGGUGCGCUUGGCUGCUAGACUACAACUUACGUUCGGUUUCCUGUCAGGUGCUCUCCAGCUGUUUUUACUAAACAUUAACUCAACUUCAUACGGACUGAAACUUGGGAACCGAUGUUACCCAGAUGUUACCCAGGAAAAUGCAGUAUACACGUUCUCAGUAUCAGUCCAGGACUGUUUACAUGUUACGACGACGUGCUCUGGAGACGCGUAUCCCGGCACGUCGGGAUGUCACAUGCAAACCUUCCGAACAGGACUCCCAAUGGGUGUUGGUUUUUUUUGUUGUUGUUUGUUUGUUUGUUUUUUUUCCCCUUCUUUCCUUUUCGUUCCUCUCAUGUAGCCAUGUUAUAUGAAGAAUUUCAAUGUGAAUGAAAAAUGACAAAUGUGGCAGUCUGGGGAAAACCUGCUGGAUGAUGCUGUGGCUGAAUUCUAGCAGGAAUAAAAAAAAUCGGAUUUUAUUCACCUAAAACGUAUGUUGUCGCAUCCGUUUUCAGAUCGUAUAUUUCCAUAGAUACAGCUAUGGGGGAAAAAAAUGAGACCAUUUUUAAUAUUGGUCACCAAAAGUGUAAUCUUAGUUCUUUUUGUUUUGUCCCCCCCAUUCCACCAUUUUUUUGGUAUUCCACCAAAAAAAAAAAAGUGGAAAUGUUUAUUUACUUUUUUAAAACUCGUGCAGGCUGUCUUCUUGCAAAGAUCAGCAGUUUAAUUUGGCCUAAUGAGAUCUAAAACCUCGCUAGCUAGGUGUAGCUACUAAUCAAUAAUCAGUUCCGUUUGUAAUCUGAAACUAUCUGUCAAAAUGCUCUCGAUGCCCUUACGCCACAUUCGGGAUGAAAUCUUUAAAGGGGCUGGCUGACGUUUCCCAGAAUCCUCUACGCCAAGUAGCAAGUCGUCAUUUUCGAUGCGAGCGAUAUUCCAAAAACAAUCCGCGACAUCCUCAGCCACAGAUCUUCAAUUGUAACGUGAAAUUGAAGAUUUUUUUCAAAUAUCUCUUAAAUUUUAACUACAAUAGGUAUUCCAUACCAAUAGUAACGGACCAGAACUUGCCUCGGCCGCCGAGGAAAGAAAAGACAAGGCGUAUUUUGUUCAAAGUUUCCACGUAGGAUACGUAGUUCAAGAUAAUAAAGAUGGAGAUGGAUUUCGAAGGGAUCAUGAACGAUGAAUUUUACGGAGGUUUUCCUGUCCAGAUAUCUAACAGAGUAGCCGUUACGUGCUUUCAGAACAAAAACAACAAAUUGGAUUCUGGGAAGAGUGAGCCGGCCCUUUUAACUGCAAAUAGGCUCUUUGUAGCUAGAGGUCACGUGCUUGGAUACCGCUUAGCAACAUAAAAGUGGAGAGCAAGCGUUCAAGUAAAUAAAACUCUCGACAAGGUCAAGCAUAAAAGUUUCAGCAGUUCAUAGCGCUUAAUAGGCAUAUCAGGUAAAAUUCAAUCCAAAUUACUUGAAACGGCUCUCGCUGAAUUCAGAACAACAUACUUUUUACAGAAUUAAAAUACGUGCAUCCAUUCUUGAGAUAUUACAAAUUAAAGAUUGAAAAAAACGGCAUAAUUUUUAGAAAACUGCCGUAAUAUUCUGUAUUCGGGUCACAUGGUCCAAAAUGGGCCUCAUUAACCAAUGAGAUCAAAAGUUGUUUCUUAAUAACUUCUAUUUUUCAAGAUAUUUACAUGGAAAUUGGCAGGAACAUAGAUGGUUGGAUACUGAAUACAAAGUUUCAAAAAUUAGUAAAAAGCAAUUAUGCUAAUUAGGUUUAAAAAAAGUUAAAUCGGUACACUAAUCCCCUCUUUGUGCUGUGUAGGCCUUUGUAUUUCUUAAAAGUCGGGCCUACUAGUGUUUAUAUGAAAGAAUAUAAAUGAUUAUGUCGAUCAAUAUUCACAGCUUUCAAGACGAACCUCGAAAAAACUGUCUGAUCCACGUCCAAUAAACAAUUUCAUUUAACUGAAUUGAAAUUGACGCUCGCGUUUCUGGCUAGCGGUUUUUUAAAAUAUCAUUCCGACCACUAAGGUUUCAAUAUUUUUCAUCAAAACAACUCCGGUUAUAUUCUAAAAUAGUUAUUUAUUCACAUGAAUCAGUUUGAUUUGAAAAAAAUAAGUAGGUAAAGCUAUGAAAACUCACUUCAAAGUCUCCCAUGAAUCGUAACAUCAAAACUAGCAGACGGAAAAUUUUACUGAAUCCUUCAUCAGAAACAGUAAGAGCGAGAGAACAUCACGAUAACAGUUACCUGAUUGAUGUUCACGAGUAAUCCAGUCGGAAACGGAUCAGAAGAGAGAGCGAGCUUGAGCGCUUUCCCAUGACUCAAAAAGAAAAGCACCGGCAGUUUCCCGACGUCCCGCGAGCAGAGAGUGAUCGCUGUUGUACCAACUUUAACCUGCCGUUACUCCCAAAGUACUGAACAGAUCUUAACGAGAAUUUCUGCUUUCCAAAGAAAUUUAUAAGGUUUUUAAUGAUAGUAUUCACGAUAGAAAAUAUUCAAGAGUUAAGCAAUGACAGAUUUGGAAACUUUGAUGAGCGUCUGCAUGGACAGUUUUUACAGCACGGCCAGUGAGCGUCUGAUCCGCCUAUGCUUAAUCUCUUUCCUUUUCUAGAAGAAUUGUCGACGUAGUUUUCGAAGUUUACGUUCGGCUCAUUUUUGCAGAAAAAAAUUAUUUUGGCGCGAAGGUGUUGACUUUCAGUGGACGGUAUUUGGUUCUUUGAGGCCAAACACCACAGCGACUUCGCAUGGUGGACACCAAAAAAAAAAACCUUGGUGUAAAAGCACUUAUUUGAAUUCUAACAACUCAAAGCAGCUCCAUGAUAAAAGAUUUCAAGGUAUAUAGUUGUUUUUAGAAGGUUUGGCGACAUCUUGAAGAUAUAAACGAACAAUUUACACGGUCAAACUUCCGUGCUUGACCUUGCUGAGGGUUUUGUUGACCUGAACGCUCGCGCUCUACUUUCAUGUUGCUAAGCAGUACGACCUCUUCAGGUAGAAAGAACCUCUUUCUCCAUUUUCACUUCUACAGUUCAGCAGAUCCUAAAAUCCUAGCGUGCGAAAGACGUAGUAGAUGGAAAUUUCACCACACCGAGGGUUUUCCCAGGCCGCCAACACAAAUGUUCUCCUGCUGGAAAUCAUUUCCUUUUUCUACCCUUUUACCUUUUAAGAACAGCAUCGCUGCAAUCGUAUCUUUCACUCGACUUCCAUUACUAUCCUGUCGUAUUUUACAUACGUCUUCUCUAACGAUGUAAGGAGUCAACAGGAACACGUUCAACAGUUGGACAAGAUUUGCUUAUUUGGGAUUAAAUAAUUCGUUGUUAGACAGUAAACCUUUUUUGCACUUUUUUCAACAGUUCUGAAGAAAAACAAACAUUUCUUACAUAUCCUGUGUUUUCAAUAUAAAGCUCUAUUUGUGUAAUGUAGUGUCAUAGCUUAGCAGUAGGCAGCUGGUCUUGUUCAUGGUUUGUUUUUUUGUUUUUCUUUCUUCUUUUGUUGCUUCUGAAAUGGUAUUUGAGCGACACGUUUUACUGUGUUGCAGACGAGGAAUUUUAUUGUUGCUUAUUUCUGUACAAAGAUCUUUUUGCUGUCUGUAGAAUAAUCUGUGGCUUUUUAAAAAAAAAAAUUUCAAGUUCUAAAAUAUGAUCGUGGGUGUUGUUUUAUUUUGUAAUACACAUGUAUAUAUUACAGGUCCCGGGUGUUCAUGAGGAGAUUUAACAGUAAUUCCACGAAAUCAUCAGCUCACGUACGACUCGAUUUCGUGGAAUUACUCUUUUAUUCUAUCCACAUUCACUGGAUUUUGAGAAA